UCAGAAAUCACGACCAGAAAACGAACGGGGAUCCCUUCCCCCCUUGCGCCACAGCUGCCUGAAAAGGAGAAAGGGAAAUGGGCGGAGUCCAGCAUCUGCUCAAGCUGAGGAUGGCGUCCCCCCACGCCCACCCGGCCACGCAGCCCCUCUCCGCGCUCCCGUCCCUCCUCCUCGCCCGCUCCUCCUCCGCCGCCGCGUCGUCCGCCCGCCCCGCCGCCUCCCUCUCCCUCCCCCUCUCGUGCUCGCGGGCGCGGGCCUACUGCCCAGCCGGACGGCGGUUGCCGGGCGCCGUGGUGGCGAUGUCGUCGUCGGCGCCCGCGCCGGGGCCCGUGCAGAAGUCGGAGGAGGAGUGGGAGGCCGUCCUCACGCCGGAGCAGUUCCGCAUCCUCCGCCGCAAGGGCACCGAGUAUCCUGGAACAGGUGAAUAUGACAAGUUCUUCAGUGAGGGUAUUUACGGAUGUGCUGGCUGCGGAACCCCCUUGUACAAAUCAUCUACGAAGUUCAACUCAGGGUGUGGUUGGCCAGCAUUCUAUGAAGGAUUUCCUGGAGCCAUAAAACGGACAGUACGAUUCUCUCAUACAUUCCCAGUGGCGGAUCCUGAUGGGAGGCGAGUUGAGAUCACAUGUGCUGCUUGUGAUGGGCAUCUGGGGCAUGUGUUCAAAGGGGAGGGGUUCAACACGCCGACUGAUGAGCGACACUGCGUCAACAGUAUCUCACUCAAGUUCGUUCCGGCCUCUGAAGAGGCUAGUUGACUGAGCUGAUGAACAUCUAUAUGAGAAAUGGAAACAAAAUCUUUUGUGCAACCAUCAUAGUGACUGCUGGAUGUCAGAACUCAGUACUUUUGACAAUAAUGCAAGCCCCAAGUACCGAUGCUCGCUGCUAAUUUUGGCAGUAUAUACUGUUACAUGUGUAAAUUCUAGGUUUUGUUUUCCCUGUGGAAAUUAAUAGUGAGAUGUACAUUUAAAAAUAAAGCCGCCUGAAGAAUGCAGCUCACGUUGUUUCCCUUUGUGCCCAACAUAAUAUCUUAGUGAUUAUCCGCAAUA